CUGGAUUAGCUUUGCGGUGAGUGAGCGGGGUUUCCCCAGUGGGGUUUGCAAUAAGUCUUUGCGUGGUUUGCACGUUGCAGUCAGUGAGUGAGUGAGUGAGUCAGUUAGUUAGUUAGUUAGUUAGUUAGCAGCGACGAUGCAGGAAGUCAAAAUCUAUCCAUAUUCAUUACCAAGGCGUGCCAAGAAACGCCCAAAUAUUUAAGAAGGCUGUGGGGACAAGUGCAGAACGUUUUUAUUUAACACACACACUCACACACACACACUCACUCACUCACUCACACACACUGAGGUUACACACAGAUGAAAGCUGGCUUGUUGUCAGAAUCCACAGCAAGCCCAGCUUCUGCAACUCAAUCGACUUGUCGCCACUGGAAGUUGCACAGCUCUGUCCAAAAGUUUGUUGGAAGUGUUGAUUUUGCAAGACUUUCGUUCCACCCACCUCCCCCCACACCACCACCACCACCACCACCACCAGCCAUGGCUUCUGCUGGCGUUGCGUGUCUGCCCGCAGUCAGGAGGAUCGCUGUGUUCGGUGGCACUCACGGUAACGAGUUGACCGGGGUGUUCUUGGUCAAACAUUGGCUUAAGGACAGAUCGGAGAUCCAGCGCCCAAGCUUGGAGGUGCAGCCCUACCUGAGCAAUCCGGCCGCUGUAGAGAAGUGUGUCCGGUACGUGGACUGUGACCUGAACCGCACCUUUACCGAGGAAAAUCUCAGCAUGCCACAGAAUGAGUCAAUGCCUUAUGAAGUCAAAAUAGCCCAAGAAAUAAAUAAUUUGUUUGGACCAAAGGACAGCAAGAAUGCUUAUGACUUAGCUUUAGAUCUCCACAACACUACCUCCAAUAUGGGAAACUGUCUAAUUGUGAAGAAUUCCAAGGAUGACUUUACCAUCCAGAUGAUUCAUUAUAUUAAGAAUACUUUGUCACCUAGUACUUGCCACGUGCUGGUUCUCGAAAACUCUACAGUAAAAUAUGGUGCAAUACGAACUGUUGCUAAGCACUCUAUUGGUUUGGAAAUAGGUCCUCAACCUCAAGGAGUGAUCAAGGCGAAUAUCCUGGAAAACAUGCGGAAGCUAAUCAACAGCGCGUUGGAUUUCACACAUUUCUAUAAUGAAGGUAAAGAAUUCCCUCCCUGCACCAUUGAUGUUUAUAGAGCUUUUGAGAAAAUCAAUUACCCCAGGGAUUCAGAAGGACAGAUUACUGCUAUGAUUCAUCCUCAGCUGCAGGAUUGUGACUGGAAACCACUGAAACCAGGUGACCCAUCAUUUAUAACACUGGAUGGAAAGACCAUCCCUUACAAUGGAAGCUGCACUGUCUACCCAGCAUUUGUGAAUGAAGCUGCUUAUUAUGAGAAACAUCUGGCAUUUCUGUUAACUCACAAAGAAACUCUGACAGCAAAUGGAGUGAGGGUUGCCAAAACUUAAUAUAAGUCUUACUAUUCUUUAUAAGGCCAAAGUCUAACUUCACCAACACUAUGCAAUAGAAGAUAACAAGUUUCCCUGCUUAUAAUUUAUCCUGAAAGUAAAAGUUUGUUAGUAUAACCUUUCUACUUUGAACAACUAGCAUUUCAACUAUCUAGGAUUGUUAACCCUUUAGUGGCACAAUGUUUUUAAAAAAUCUGCCUGGCAUUGAACUUCAAGCAUCGUGAAAUGAUUCACAUUUAAAGUAGGGAACAAGGUGGCUCUCUUCCUCCCCUCGCUGACUGAUCAAUUGGUGAUUAAUUCUAACAAAAUGUGACUUCCAGAUUUCAGAAAAUGCACCUUUGCAGUUUUCCUCAAGAUGCUUCCUCUAUUUCCUGAUAAUUUUCUCCUGCUUUAAAAUGUAAUGACUUUCUCUCCUCCAAAGAGGAUAAGGUAAACAAUUUUAAUAGAAAAGGUCUACAUUUUCUCCUUUUAACAACCUACUAUUCCUAUCCCCCUAUCUUCUCAACUAUUGUCACAACUGUUGUCACUAUAGUUCAGAUUUUGGGGAUAGACUAGCAAAUGGAUGUGCUCACAAGGUUUACUUAUUCCACAUUAAUUGAGGAGGCACACUUCACAAGGUGAGAUGAGAUUUCCUUAUCCCCUCUGACCACUUAGCUAACAACCCAGCUCAAAAUAGGAGAAAUGUGUUCAUCUGAGUUGUGGGUGGGUUUGAAAUGCAGAUUUCCACCAUGAGAUUAUAAUACUCCACUGUAGACACAUUAAAACGUUAAAUUAGUUGAUUUUAAAUUAAAUUCUACUGAAUAUUUGUUCAUAUGUCUAUUUGCAGAACAAUGUACAAAUGAAUUUCUAAUUGAUCAUACAACUGAGAAAAAUAAAUGUGAAAACUACCUGUAGAUCAGAGCAAUAUCAGUUAAUAUUAAAGAUUUAUAACAAGAGAAAAGUUGAUUUGGCUGUGAAUUUCUCAGCACCACAAUCAGACAUGAAUUUUAUACAAAUACAUUAGAGAGUUAAAAAAAAUUGUAUGGCUUGAUAUUUAAUGAAAUUAAAUAUUUUACUGGGAUCUACCAAAUGCCUUAGCUUAAUUUCAGAGAUUGCAAAUCACAUUCAAUUCUCAAAUAUAUAAAAUAAACAUGGUGCUGCUUAAAACAGUGGACAACGUGAUCAUGGAAAUGCACAUUAUCUAUAUGGAUCUUAUAUGCUAGAUGUAAAUAAAGCAAGUAAUUACCACUGGAGUACCUUACGGAA